UCUCUUAUAAGUGCGGUCUGCGCAUGCGUAUGGCCCUCUUUUACGGUGGGGAUAAUGGCGGGCGAAGAAGGGAAGAAGGUACCUACUGUUCCCGAAAGCCUUUUGAAAAGGCGAAAGGCCUACGCCGCACAGAAGGCUCUGCGCAUCAAGAAGAUGCUGGCAGAGAAGGCGGCCCGCAAAUCCAGAAGAAAGCUGAUCUACAAGAGGGCUGAAUGCUACCAUAAGGAAUACAAAGAGAUGUACAGACGGGAGAUCCGCCUGUCCCGAAUGGCCCGUAAGGUUGGAAACUACUAUGUCCCCGCAGAACCCAAGCUGGCCUUUGUCAUCAGGAUUAGGGGAAUCAACGGUGUCAGGCCCAAGGUCCGCAAAGUCCUGCAGCUUCUUCGCCUGCGACAGAUCUUCAACGGCGUCUUCGUCAAACUGAACAAGGCCUCCAUUAACAUGCUCAGGAUUGCUGAGCCCUACAUCGCGUGGGGAUAUCCCAACUUGAAAUCCCUGCGUGAGCUUAUUUACAAGCGUGGCUAUGGCAAGAUUAAGAAGCAGCGCAUCGCUUUGACCGACAAUUCCCUGAUUGAGAGAUCCCUUGGAAAAUAUGGCAUCAUCUGUGUGGAGGACCUGAUCCAUGAAAUCUACACUGUGGGGAAGAACUUCAAGGCAGCCAACAACUUCAUGUGGCCCUUCAAGCUGUCCUCUCCCCGUGGCGGCAUGAACAAGAAGACCACACACUUCGUUGAGGGAGGCGAUGCCGGAAACAGGGAGGACCAGAUUAACCGGCUGAUCAGAAGGAUGAACUGAGUGUUCAUGGAGAACUGAAGUCUGGACUUACUCAAAAGUACAAAAUAAAAACCUUUCACAGAA